AUGCCUUUUAACGAGAAGAACAGCACUCCUGAACACAAAGACGUCCCACCUCACUAUUCCCGACAGGACCGUCCUAUCCACAAUACAGGCUAUCGGAGGUCUUCCAUGGCCACCCCCGUUCAGGCGAAUCCAAGCCGCCGUUACUCAACACACCACAGACCAUCAGCCUCGACUACUUCCAGUAGUUUUCAUACAGCCGUAUCUAGGCAACCAUCCACAGUCGAAAUAUUUUUAAAAAAGUUUCUCGAUGUCUUUAUCUUUGCUACAGCCAUCGCAUUUACUGCAUACAAUUACUGGACCGGUACUCUCGCUCUUCAGCCGUUGAAAGACGCUCCCCAGUCCCCUAGAGCCCAACCAACACUAUCAUCAAGGCAAUCGGAACGUACCAAAUCAAGCCAGUUCGACGAUGCAUGCCAACAACGCACACGGGAAUGGACUGAAGAUGUCACACGGAAACAAUACCAACACCAGAGACGUCACUCUAGCAAGUCUACCUUGGUAGAACCCAAGCCAAUCCUAGUCAAAAAGAAGUAUUCAAAAGCUUCCUCCUCGUCAUCAUCUGAGACCAAGCGCAAGUCCUGGUCCUCUGAGAGAUAUGCUGGCCAUCAUGAUGAGAUAUAUAAUACAACCGACGAAUCUGCAAUUCAAGCCAUGAAUGCUACAAAAAAGACAGACGAACGAAUGACAAAGAUAUCAGACGGACUCGAAUUGUUAAUCAAGGAGGCACAGGAAGCCCUUGCCAGCAAAGUCGAGUUUUAUGACACAGACAUUGAUGAUAUUGCAAUGUAA